UACUUGCAUUGCAAGAACACAAGAAUAUUCUCCGCCGAAGAAAAAAAAAUACCUCUAGUUUACUUAUUAUCUGCAUUCGUCAUUUUUGUGUUAUACCAAAUUCCAUUCAAUUCAAUUUCAAUCCUCUCUUAGAUAGAUCCCGCUUCGUUAGAUCCACUUUCUUCCCCAAUCAUCAUCAUCAUCAUCAUGGUUCUUCACAGAGAUCUCGACCUUCUCCUUUCCUCCCAUUUAAUCAACAAUCCCAGAGGUGAUGGUGCGAAAUUCAAUGCGAAUUCAAUUGAGAAGAAGAUAGAGUUCCUUGAAAGCUUUACUGGAAAGGUCACAAAUAGAAGAUCUCGUAGGUGGUUGAAUGAUCGUCUCUUGAUGGAACUCGUACCGCGUUUGAAUGCCGAAGAAAUUAGAGGCUUGUUUGCUCCUCCACCUUUCGGUGAUGAAGUUCCACCUUCAACAUUUUCCUUGACUAAUGUGGAGGAGUGGGACAGGUUCAGGAAUAUAGACAUGGACAAAGAGGUUAAUAUAAUUCAUGCCCUUGAAAAUUCUUUAGAAAAGAAGGAAGGUCACAUUGACGCUGACAAGCUGGCAGUGUUGAAUGGUUGGCGUAGAGUUGGUUGUAGAACAAGAGAGGCACUUCGCCGCAGCUCUCUUUUUGAACUCCUAGAUGGUUAUGAGGAAUGUCUACGGGCCUUCAUAACUGAAAGCACAGAUGGAGAUGUUCUUGAACUAAGAAUCAAGGAUCCUUUUCAUAGACUGUUGCUGCAUGGAGUAUGCGAGUUCUACAAUCUGGCAUCAGACACGGUGUCGGAUAUGAAUGGCGGCGUGGAGACGUCCAAGGCGACUAUGAUAAAGAAAAAGAAAAGGGGUUCUCCUGAACUCCCAAAGAUCACUCUGUCUCAUUUCCUGAGAAUGUCCAAGGAGGGAAGUUGGUAGUUUGUUCGGGCAGAACUGCUGUCCAUUGUCCAUACAAUAAAACCUUAACAUUAUUGGAGAUUAUAGUCUCUGCCUCUGUACCAUGUUCACAAUCUUGUUUAGUUUAUUUUCCUAAAUAUUACUGUAAAUUAGUUCUCCAACCUGUAUUUUUAGUUGGUUGAUACCAUCAGUCAACAAUAAAAUGUUGGUUGUUGGCUUACAUUGUUGUAUCUUAUGAAAUAAGAUUUUUAUAUUUAUCACAAGUUUCGAUUAUCAAA